UCUCCGUAUCAUUCCUGUCUGUUCUACCACUAACCCAUCCCUUAGAAUGGAAACCUUGCUUGCCUUCUUCCUCGCGGCAGCCAUCACAUCAGCUUACUUCCUCUGGUUUAACGUCUUAGCCCGUAAGCUGACCGGUCCCAAAGUCUGGCCGAUCGUCGGGAGUCUGCCUUAUCUGAUCGCCAACCGAUCACGAGUUCACGACUGGAUAGCCCAGAACCUCCGACAAACCGGUGGCACUGCAACAUACCAGACUUGCACCCUUGCUCUGCCUUUCGUUGCUCGUAAACAGGGCUUCUUCACUGUAACCUGUCACCCCAAGAACAUCGAAUACGUACUCAAAACCCGAUUCGAUAACUACCCCAAAGGCCCAACCUGGCAAGAAGCCUUCCACGAUCUGUUAGGCCAGGGCAUCUUCAACAGUGAUGGUGAUACAUGGCUCAUUCAGCGGAAGACAGCUGCUCUCGAGUUCACGACAAGGACCCUUCGGCAAGCAAUGGCUCGCUGGGUCAACCGGACUAUUAGGUUGCGUCUCUGGAGUAUCUUAGCCAAAGCUGAAGCCCAGAGAUCCUCGGUGGAUUUGCAGGACUUACUUCUCCGUUUGACAUUCGAUAACAUAUGUGGACUCACGUUUGGUAAGGACCCAGAGACACUUUCGCUCGAAUUAGCUGAGAACUCAUUCGCCAUCGCGUUCGACUCGGCCACUGAAGCGACUCUUCAGCGGCUACUCUACCCGAGCUUCUUAUGGAGAAUAAAGAAGGCUUUGGGACUCGGAGCGGAGAGUACUUUGAAGAAGAGCCUAACAAUUGUCGAGAAGUACAUAACAGAUGCUAUUGAAGCGCGCAAGGAAUCGCCUUCUGAUGACCUGUUGUCGCGCUUCAUUAAGAAGAGAGACCUGGAAGGGCACCUCUUUCCGAGCUCUGUUCUCCGUCGAAUCGCUCUAAAUUUCGUUCUCGCCGGUCGAGACACGUCGUCAGUUGCACUGAGUUGGUUCUUUUGGCUCGUUAUGAAUCACCCACGAGUGGAGAAGAGAAUCAUCGACGAGAUAUCAUCGGUUCUUAAGAAGACACGCGGUGAAGAUCAACGUAAAUGGGUGGAAGAACCGUUAGGGUUCGACGAAGUCGAUCAGCUAGUCUAUCUGAAAGCAGCUCUGGCUGAGACACUCCGUUUGUUCCCGUCUGUGCCGGAGGACUUCAAGUACGUUGUGUCGGACGAUGUGUUACCGGAUGGCACAGUCGUGCCGGCUGGUUCAACAAUUACGUACUCGAUUUAUUCGGUGGGAAGGAUGAAAACGAUAUGGGGGGAGGAUUGCAUGGAAUUCCGUCCCGAAAGGUGGCUGUCGGCAGAGGGAGACCGGUUCGAAUCGCCAAAGGAAGGAUACAAGUUCAUCGCCUUCAACGCUGGUCCAAGAACAUGCCUAGGAAAGGAUCUGGCUUACCUGCAGAUGAAGUCGGUGGCUGCGGCCGUGCUGCUUCGACACCGGCUGUCGCUGGUUCCCGGCCACCGAGUAGAGCAGAAGAUGUCGCUGACGCUGUUCAUGAAGAAUGGGCUACGCGUGUACGUGCAUCCACGGAAUCUGGGUCAGUGACUGAGGGAGGCAUGAGCGUGUACGUACUCUACUGCCUAGAUGCUACAAUUUCUUUCGGUCGCAGUGGAGAUUUGGUCAUGUUUUCUGCAAAUAUGUAGUUAUGAUUUGUUUGUGUUUUAGUUUGUUUGUUAAUCUUCCUUUUCCACGGUCCAAGCUAUAUUACGGACUAUAUAUUUUGGUCAUUCCAUUUGCACAUGAGACUGUUGUGGGUCUACGUCGUCUUACAUUUAUAUUAUAAAAUAAACCUUCUUGUGUUUUUGCUUGCA